AUGAAAAGAAACACAUCGAGGAGUGGAAGCAUUAACUUAUAUAACAACAUAACUGAAAGUCUUUCAAAAUUAAAAACGAUAAUAAAAUAUGAUCAGCAAGAUGAUGUGAAUAAUGGAGGAGAGAUGCAAGAGAAGGAAAUAAAUGAAGCAGGAUGCAGCAAACCAAUUAAAGACAGUCCUCAAAAUACAACUAAGAUUUCGUUCUUGGAUAAGAAAAAAAUUAUAGAUGAUGAUUCUUCUCACAUAGAAAAAAAAGAAAAGAGAAUGAACAAAACGAGUAACAAGGAAAGGGAAAUGCUAAGAAGGAUAGCGAAGGCCAAUUCAUUAAAAAAAAUAGAAAAAAAUAUAAAUCUUUUGCUGAAAUCAGAUGAUGAAGAGAAAUCGGAUGAGGAGGAUUACGAUAGAGUUCACGCCGAUGUGACGCACAGUACCCACGAAAAUAUGGGGAAGGAUCAAAUAGACAUGUCUCUGAUGUCUUCAGACGAUCUUAAAAAGGAAUUUAGUUUUUAUUCUCUGAGUGAAAAGAAUAGUCUCCAUAAAUUUUCUCUUCAAAAUAACGACUUGCUGGAUAUGAGCGGAAUUUCACAAAUAUCGAACAUGUCAAAUGUGUCAAACUUCACAAAACAGCUAAAACACAAAGACGUAGCAAUAAAUGAUAGCAGCUCUUCAGUGAGCUCUUUUACAUUUAAUGGAAAUGCAAGUAAUUUUAUAGCAAGGGAACUGAUUGGAGAAGAGGAGCAUGAAAUAAAUCCAAUUAUUAACAUGAGCAAUGAUAAUUGUGUAAAAAAUUAUAAUAAAAUCAUCGGGGGUGCAACAAAUGAUAUGGAAAAGAGCAUACUGAAUAAAAAAAAAAAAUCAGAUAUAUAUAUAGGCAUAGACAAUAAUAGUAAUAAUAGUGGUACGUAUUAUGAAAACAGUUUAAAAAGUAAUAGGAGCAAUUUAGGAACUAGUCGUCAGAAUACCUUAGAUGAAAGUCAUAGAACAUAUUUUGGUAGUGGAGAUUAUUUUGAUCCAAAUUCAAGUCAGACGAAGGUAGCUAAAAAUACGUUACAUAUUCAGGAACUUUUACAUAAAAAGAAUUCAGAACUGGAUGAAUCGCUUUAUAAUCAAAAAUUCAGUAAAAUAAACUACAGCAAUAACUCCAGUUGGUUAAAAAAUAAGGAAACAAGUUUUCCAGAAAAUAGUCAAAAAGAUAUAUAUAAAAAUUAUAUCAAUCUGAAUAGUAGUAACAGUUUGGGUAAAGUAAUUCUACCGAAUAAUGGGAAUGAUUUGGAUCUGUCGUUUUCUUACAUGAAUGUAAAAUUGGGGGAAGACAUAACAAAUGAACAUGUAAAAACCAAAAAGGUAGAUGAAAAAGGGAAAGAAAACUUACACUACAUGCCAAACAUCGAUUUUGAUAAUAACAUUUUUAAGAAUUACAACAAAGAAAAAAAAUUAAAAGAGGAUAAAACUUGUAACAACAAUUUGGAAAAAAAUUUAUUUACUGAGGACCGAAUGAUGAAUGUACACACCCAUGAUGGUUCAUCUGAUGAUGUUCUAUUGAAAGAUGAAAAGAAUGCCACGCAUCCUAUUAGUGAAGAUGAUGUAAAUAGAAAAAAUGUUAACGAAAUUUACAAAAAAAUAAAUUCUAUUUCCUUGCUAAAUGAUCUUAGUUUAAACAAAUUGGAGAGUCUAAAUAGUAGUAUUAUGGAUAUGUAUAUAAAAAAUAACCAAGAUAAUAAAUUUCUCGAUGAUGUAAUUUUGGAUGAUAGUAUUUUUAUUAAAUCUAGUAGUCUUCACAAGGAAGAAAUAGAUCUGAAUAUGAACAUCCCCCAUGUGGAUAUACCUAAUGAUGAUUAUAAAAAUAAGUUCUCUUUUCCAUCUGAUUUAGAUUCAGCGGAUAGUAUUUUUAAAAUUUCCCUUAGUUGUAAUGAAGUGAUUCUUCCGAACCACCAAAUUGGGGUUCUAAAAAAUGAACAUGUGCAAAAUGGUGUACAUUUAGGAAGUAGCCGAUGCAGAAAAAAAGACACAAAUCUUUUGGAUGAUAAACAAUUCAAUGGUGUAGGAGAAAAGUCAACAUGUGAUGAACCCUCUGGAGAGGUACCACGACGAAGAGGUGCUUCAAACAGCUAUUCGAAGGAAAGAUGUUGCAACAAAAAGGAUGGAACCUUAGAUAACCAUUUGGAUAGAAGUCAACUGGACAGAAUCGAUUUGGAUAGAAGUAAACUGGACAGAAUCGAUUUGGAUAGAAAACAACUAGACAGAAUCGAUUUGGAUAGAAGUAAACUGGACAGAAUCGAUUUGGAUAGAAGUCAACUGGACAGAAUCGAUUUGGAUAGAAACCAACUGGACAGAAUCGAUUUGGAUAGAAGUAAACUGGACAGAAUCGAUUUGGAUAGAAGUCAACUGGACAGAAUCGAUUUGGAUAGAAACCAACUGGACAGAAUCGAUUUGGAUAGAAGUCAACUGGACAGAAUCGAUUUGGAUAGAAGCCAAAUGAACAGAAUCGAUUUGGAUAAAAGCCAACUGAACAGAUGUGAAUUGAGUAAAAGCAAACUGAACAGACAGAAAACUUCGCCCUUGGUAGAUAAAAAUGAUUUGCUAAAAAAUAUAUCUAACCCAAAAUGCAGUUAUAACAAUGAUACAGAAUCAAGGAAAGCGAAAACUUCCAUUUUGUAUAAAAUCCCCCAAUAUACCAGUGAUCUAGAAAUCAGUGGAAGAGACAAAUUUGUGAAUAUCAUCAGUCGAUCUUCUCCUAACAAAACAGAUAUUAUAAAACAUUUUCCAAAAUAUGAAACACAUACUUAUGGUGAUAAAUUAGGGACAAAUGAGUUGGAAAAUUGGAAAACAUUAUUUUUUAACAAUAAAUUUUCUGACAAACUCAAGAUAUUUCGUAACGCCCCAUGUAGAAAUAGCGGAUUAAACGAAUCAUCAAGUCAGAAUUUAAUAGAUGAUCACUUGAAAAUGGAGGAUUCUUUAAAUUAUAUCAAUCAAAAUAAUUCCACUAAAAAUGUUGUUAACACUUAUCCUCAUGUGAUGAAGAUGAAGAAAGAGGAUCUUAUGAAUCCAUUAAAUUCAUCAACAUCUGUUCCACCACAUGAUGAUAAAUCCAGGAAUGCAAUCCAACAUCACAAUAAGAGGAGUACAGCCAUGGGAGCAAUCAGGAGAAAAAGAACCAUAAGUGAUUGUGAAGAGGAAAAUACUAGAGCGGAUAUGUUCAAUUCCAUUGACGAGCAUAGAAACGAAGGGAAUCUGAAUCACGAUAGCAGAAGAAGUGAAUUAUAUGAAAAUAGUACAUAUGACUCGACGAAGGAAAAAUGUACUAAUAUAACUAACGUCGAUGUGAGAGAGAAAAACUUGUUCAUUAGUCGAAGCAAAAGUAAAAGUAGUAAAAAUGAAUGGGGAGAAAUUGAGAAUGUUGAGUGCAACGAGGAACAGAGUGAAAGAGACAUAGUGAGAGAAGGACAAGUUAUUCCGAAAGACAUGGUGCUGCUGGCCAAUUCGAAGAAAGCAAAUGAGGGUAUAAACGGGAUAAGGGGUGCACACGAGGUUAGGAGUAGAAGUAGGAGUGGAAGUAAAAGCAAAAGCAGAAGUAAAAGCAGAAGCAGAAGCAACAGUCAAAGCAGCGGUAGAAGCUCGAGGAACAAUUUCGAACUCCCCAAUGAAGGGGUCGAUAAAAGCUCAAAGAACAACAGCAGAAUGAAGAGCUGCAUAAGUGAAAGUGUCAAUCAAGUUGGAAAUCUCAUUUCUGAAAGUACUAGCUGCAUUGAGCACAUGAACGAAAGUAAAAUUAACGAAUCAACUUUUUCAAAACGAUUUACUAAUGACAAGGGAACCAGAAGAGUAUCUAAUUUGGAAAUCUCGAAUAGAAGAGAAAUUGAAGGAAAUGAAAAUAAACAUGGUUCAAAUAAGAGCAAGGGUAAUUUGGAGGAUUACUUAGUUACAGAAAUGAGAGAAAAUAAAAAUAUUGAAGGAAUGAACUAUUUAUCACAUCAGACUCAGGAUAAUACAAUUAAGCACAGCAAUAUGACUAGCAUGCCAGACAUACUAAACUUUGACGUAGAUAACAACUCUGCCGUUUUUUUUUUUGAUAACAUACAUAAUUCAUCAGAGUAUGAUUCAAUACCUAAGCCUUUGCACAGUUCAUACUUUACUAAUAAGCGAAAAUUUUCUGAUACUAUAAAUGAAGUGACCAGAACAGGUAGCCAAAUGCUGAAUGAAAAACUUGUUUUUUCUAAGGGAAAAACUGGGACAGGAUCUCAGACAAUGCCCAUUAUAGAAAUGCACAAUUUUACCACUCCUUUUAGCAUGUAUGGAAAAACAAAUAAUGACAAUAAUCAUAAUGAAAAUAAAUUUGAAAGGGAUAUAACACUUCACUACACAAUACAAAGAAAGAUGAGUGAUGAAGGAAUUUUAGAAAAAAAUGCACUUUUAGCGAAUCAGUCCAAUUCUUGGAAUGACUUAACAUUAAAUGAAAAAGAAAAAACUCUCUCUAUCGAUCCAAGUGGGAUGAUAAAUCAAAGAAGCAAUUUUAUGAACGAUCCUGUAGUUAAGGAGUAUGAUUAUAACGACAAAUGUAACAACACUGAGAGUAUUAUCAGAAAUGAAGAAUUACAGAAAAAAACAGGUCAUGUUGAUAAAAAUUUUCCGCUUCAUAUUUUCAGCCAGCCGAGCGGAACACUUACAUAUACACAAAAUGACAGAAAAGAAAAGAAUGAAAAAGGGACAACAAAAACUAAUAUACCAAGUGAGUUUAGUAACGAUAUAUUAGAAACGUGUAGCACCAGUUACACUUUUGAAAAAAAUGAAAAGAAAUUUGAGCAGAAAUGUCAAACAGAAAAAUCUGAUGCAUACAUUUUUCAAGGGAAGAAUAAAAUAAGAGACCCUAUAUAUUCAGUUAAGGAAAAAAUGGAAACAAAGUAUGAUUCGAUAGAUAUACUAGACAUGAUAUCAGGAAAUAGAAAUACAUGUAAAGGAAUUGCACCAAAUAAUGAUGCAGAAAAAAAAGAAUUUACUAAAUGUUAUGAUAAAAGAGAUAAUUCAUUUUUGGUACAUGAUGAGACAAACAAUAGAAUGGUCACAUCAUGUACUGAUGAAAUUGGGAAAACAUUUUUUGGAUCACAAAAAGGAUGUAAUAUUUAUACAGAGAAAAAAUUUAGCACAACUGAUUUUAUCUCUCCUAGUAUAGUUGGUUGUAUGAAGGACGAACACAUUGAUAUGAAGAAUCACCAUGAGUACACUGAGUAUGAUAAGACCAACUUUUCCAAGAAUUUCAAUGUAAAUAUGUACUCUCGGAAUGGUGCUAAUUGUAACGACAAUUUUAUUGACGAUCGUUUGUACAAUAAACCAAGUGAGAAUAAUAAAAUAGUGGAUGUCUCGAGGGAGAAGAUUGUAGAAUAUGUGGGAGAGGCAAAUCCUGAGAACAGCAACAAAUGGAAUGUAUACUACAAUCGGAGUGGAGAUAACAAAUGUGCAGAUAAUCAUUGUGCAAGCACGAACAGAUUUAAUGAUCGCGAACAAAAUUAUGCAAGACAGAGUAUAAACGGCCGUGCAUAUACUGUUAUGGAAUAUGAAAAUUAUUUAGAUAAUCUCAUGGAGGAUAGAAACAAGUCCAACAAAGGUAAUAUUCAUGAUUAUCACUAUGAUAAGGAUUUCAGUUUGGGUAAACGGGAAGAUCAUUCAUAUUGGAGUGAUUACAAUUCUCAUUUGAUUAAUAAUGAAGAGCGUUGUGGAAUCAAUGAAUAUAAUGAAGGUUCAUGUCUCAAUUCUAUUAAGACACAGAAGGAGGCACAUCAUAAGAGCGACGUUUGCAGCGGGAGAGACAUGCACUAUAGGAGAGACAAAGGAAAAGACACCAUUCUGAAUUUCACUGAGAUAAAUACUAGACAACAAGAAAAUGAUGAUGAUAAUUUUCAAACAAAACAGAACUCACUAAAUGGAAAAUUUUUGUAUGAAAAGCUGGAACCCUCAGAUAUGCUUCAGUCGCAUGGUAUAAACAAUCCAAAGGAGGAAGUUACAAAAUUGAAUGCACAUCUAAGCAGAGACGAAAAAGAAGUUCAUUCAUGUGACAUUCCUACUAGGGAAGAAGCCGCUUAUGGCAGCAGAAAAGACAGUGUAUUGCACAAGGUUAACGAGAAAAUAACCAUGUCCAAUUUUUCACGAGAUCGAGCUCAUUCUACAUAUGUUGAGCAUCAGAAAGGGAGAAGCAGAUGUGAAGAUCAGAGAGAAAGAGGCAGGUGUGAAGAUCAGAGAGAAAGAAACACAUAUGCAGAUGAAGAAUUUUCAAAAAAACAGCUAACACAGGAUUAUGCGAACGAUAAAAGUGAAAAUAGAGAUGCAAAUUAUUCUUUCAAACUAAUGGAAAAAGGAGGGAAUUCCACAAGAAGGAGGAACGUAGAAAACAAUACAUCGAAUCUUUAUCAGUUAAAAGAAAAAGAAGGAAUCGAAUCAGCUAUGUUCCAACAAAAGUACAGUAAAAACGUCUCACGAUAUCAUGAAGACACGAGUAAUGAACAGACAUAUCAUACUAAUAAAUCUUUUCAAAAUGAUAAUCCAAACUUUGGCCAUUUCGACGAAAUAAUGAGAAAACAAGGAUAUGUGAAUAGCUGCAUGGAAGGUAAUAAUAGAGAAAGACACGUCUCUAAUAGGAGGCUUGAAAUAAGAGAAACUUUGCACAAACAUGAGUCUGGAAAAUUGACUGGAGAGUUUGCUGGAGAGUUUGCUGGAGAGGUAGCUGAAGAAUUGACUGGAAAAUUGACUGGAGAGUUGGCUGAAGAAUUGACUGGAAAAUUGACUGGAGAAUUGACUGGAAAAUUGACUGGAGUGUUGGCUGAAGAAUUGACUGGAAAAUUGACUGGAGAGUUGACUGAAGAGAUGAUUAAAGAGGAAGAUGCAAAGUAUAUCCCAAAGUGUGUCUCUGACAUCGAUUACCCAUACAGUACUCAGGACGAUGGAACAUGUGGAGAAAGGUAUGAAGAAAAAUACAACAAUAGGUAUGGAGAAGAAUUCGGAAAAGAGUAUCUCGACCCAUGCAACAAGCCAUAUGAAGAACAGCAUGAUGAGCGGUGUGAACAUCGCUACAGAGACGGGCAUAACCCCAGGAAGCAGAUCACAAAGAAACAUGAAAAUGAUCACGCCCACAAAAAAUAUUAUAUUGAGGAAGAGGAGAAUGAAGGAAAGAUUAUCUUGACACCUUCAAACAGAAUAGAAAAAUCUAAAAGGGAUAAACAUAGUAUGGAAGAAAAAAGCAUUCCCAAUUAUUUACCUUGCCAUUCAGAAUUUCAUUCAGCAAAUAUGCCAAAUAGGAUGUAUGUCAAAUCGUAUACAUCUUACUUAGAUAACAAAGGUGAUAAUAUAUACAAAGGAAAGAACACACAACUGUUAAAAUGUGAAAAAGGAAAUAUAAAAACCGAUAUCAUUUAUAACUAUGAGGAUUCUAGUUCAUUAUCAAAUAAUAUGAUGGGACAUGUGAAAUAUGAUUUUCAUUGUUCUAGAUAUGAUACGAAAAAAAUAGGGAAUUCUCACAAAUGUGAACAUUAUAUUGAUGAAUGUAAUGCAAACGAAGCGGUUAAAUGUCACACAAAAUAUAUUCAGAAGGAGAAACAUAAAAAAAAGUCGGGUGACACAAUAGCAAAUAAUCAUUUUGAUGAAUCAAGACAUGAAAGUAAUUAUGUUGAUAAGACACAACCGUUCCAAUUCAAUGAAAUGAAAGGUAGUCCAAAUCCAUUACAUUAUAAAGUGAUAAAUGAGCAUGAUAAAAAGGAAAUGUGUUACAAAAUUGACGAUAACAUUAGAAAGGAGAAUAAAAAAUGGAAUUGUAGAGGUGCAAAAAAUGAGCUACCUUUUAGAAAAGCCAACACAAACUAUGAGAAUUAUAAAGUUUCUUCUGAAAUGUGUAAUACUUAUGAUUAUCAUACAUUUAGACAUUCUGAGGGAGAUACAUUGUAUAGGUGUGGCAUGCCAAGAGAUGAUUUAAAAAAUGAUCUUACAGGAAAAGGUAGUGGUGGUAAUGGUAGUAGUGGUAGAAGUGGUAGAAGUGAAAAUUAUAACGAAGUGCUUUAUGAAUUAUUUCGAGAAAAUAUGGAUAGUCAGGGAAAUGAAAAGAACAGACAAGUGUUAAAUAAAAUUAUGGAUGUCAUGAUGAAUAUACAGAACGAUUUGAAGGAUGUAAAAUACAAGCUAAGUAAAAAAAAAGAAAGAGAUUCUGGGGAAUGUAAAAUGGCCGAUUCAGCUCUUAUUGCAGAGGAAACUAAAAAUUUGAAUUUACAGAAGAUCAACGAUCUGAGUCAGCCCAAGGACAAUCAUCAGGACUAUCAGAAAUUAAAGGAAGAUGAUAAAAGGAACACAGUGGUAAGUAAUGAAUGGAUCGUUGGUGAAAAGGAGCGAGCCAUAUUUGCUCAAAAUGAGAAAUCUAAAAUUGGAGAAACGGGACAAGCCAUAUUUUCUCAAAAUGAGAAAGUCAUUCAUGAAGAAGAAAAUCCACCCAAGUGCAAAUCACCAAGAAAGAAAGAACUGAACGAAAGUCUACAUUUGAUUUUAAAAAAUUUGAAUUAUGAAUAUAUAAAAGACUCAACAAUUAGCAAAUCCAAUAGGCUAUAUUUAUUCAGCAAAUUUUUUACAUCUCUUUUUCAUGAACAUAAUAAGAAGACACAUAAUUUUAUUAUGUUUAAUAUAUAUAACACAGAACAGAGAAGACAAACACACAAGGUUUCUCUUUUUUUAGAAAAAGAUUACAACAAUAUUUACAAUUUAGCUUAUAACAAUUUAUUAUUUUAUUCAUUUGAUUGUUAUAAAUUUUACAAAUAUAUAAAAAAUAAAUUUCAAGAGAAUUAUAAAAUAUAUGAAAAUUCUACUCUAUGUCUUUAUAUAUAUAAUAAUUAUGAAACAAAUUUAAUUAAUCGAUUAUUUAUUGAACAGAAUAAUUUACAUAAAAAUAAAUUUGUGCUAAAUGAUAAAAGAAUUCUAAAGACCUGUACAAAAUAUAUUGUAGAUUCAUUUUUGUCUCUUCUAGACAAACAAGCAAACAUUAAAAAUGUUAUUCCUUUCAUGAAGAAGAGAGAUUAUGAAAUCGACCAAAGAAAUUUAUACUUCUUUAUCGCCAAAUUUAAUUUGAUGGAUAAAAUUAUUAGUGAUUCUCAUGGGUUUGAAUGUAAUAAGAAAGUCUAUGAAAAACAUUAUUCCAAUGUUAAAAAUUUUGCCAUUUUUUUUAAGUAUAUAAAUGACGCAUCCAAUUUUUAUGAUUCCUUCAUUGAGCCUGAGAAACCUGAACCACACAAAGAUGAAGAAUCUCCUGUCACUAUUCCUUCCACAAAUUCACCCUCUUCCGUUACUCCUUUCACUGUGAUAAAUGCAAAGACAGAUCAAAAACACAAAGGAGACAGAAGAAGCUAUAGGCUUAUCAUUGUGGCUUUACAUAAAGGGAAAUCAUACAAAUAUGAUAAAGCACCCUUUCAUAAUUUUAUAAAAACGAGAGAAAAUGAUAUGUACUACUAUUAUGAUAAUUAUGAUUCCAUGACCUUUGGAAAUGGCGAAGUGAUACUCUUUAACUUGUCAUAUGCAGUUCCUUUUUAUUACAUAGAGUAUAACAGGAAUUAA